AUCCAAACUGACAGAAGGUAAAGUUAAAGCGGAGGAAUUCUGGUAAAACCGAAAGCGGGAGGAGCGACUUCACCACGAAGCGGUGCGAACAGCACAGAAACCACGGAGCUUCAUUAACACGGCGGGACACCCUGGAAAAGACAGAGAAACAUCAGGAGGAUGUCCAGGUCCGAGGACUGGAGCUGAAAGUCGUUACGGCAAGAUGUGAGGCGUCCCGGGAGAAAGCGGAGACCGAGGCCAGCGGCAGGAUGUCGGUCCGGAGUUCGUUCGGUCGAACCCGAGCCAGAGUGACCCAUGCUGUGGUUGUGAUCUUUCUGGAGUUCUUCGCCUGGGGGUUGCUGACUACACCCAUGCUGGUGGUUCUCCAUCAGAUGUUCCCACAGCACACCUUCCUGAUGAACGGCUUGGUGCACGGCGUCAAGGGUUUCCUGUCCUUUCUGUCGGCUCCUCUGAUUGGUGCUCUGUCGGACACCUGGGGCAGGAAGUCCUUCCUCCUCAUCACAGUCUUCUUCACCUGCGCCCCCAUUCCCUUCAUGAAGAUCAGCCCCUGGUGGUACUUUGCUCUGAUCGCAGUCUCGGGAAUCUUCGCCGUGACGUUCUCCGUGAUCUUCGCCUACGUCGCCGACGUCACCGAGGAGCACGAGAGGAGCACCGCCUACGGACUGGUGUCUGCGACCUUCGCCGCCAGCCUGGUGACGAGCCCGGCCAUCGGCGCCUACCUGUCGGCCCACUAUGGAGACAGCCUGGUGGUGCUGGUCGCCACGGUGAUUGCAGUAGCCGACAUCGCCUUCGUGUUCUUCGUGGUUCCGGAGUCGCUGCCGGACAAGAUGAGGCUGUCAUCGUGGGGGUUCCCCAUCUCCUGGGAGCAGGCCGACCCCUUCGUUUCUCUGCGGCGCGUCGGGAAAGACUCCACGGUGCUGCUGAUCUGCGUCACCGUGUUCCUGUCCUACCUGCCUGAAGCCGGACAGUAUUCCAGCUUCUUCCUCUACCUGAAACAGGUGAUCCAGUUUUCUCCAGAAGCCAUCGCUGCCUUCAUCGCCAUGGUGGGAAUCCUCUCCAUCAUCGCUCAGACCCUCUUCCUCAGCAUCCUGAUGAGGACUAUUGGAAAGAAGAACACGGUUCUGCUCGGUCUGGGCUUCCAGCUGCUGCAGCUGUUCUGGUACGCCUUCGGCUCCGAGCCGUGGAUGAUGUGGGCUGCCGGAACCAUAGCAGCCAUGUCCUCCAUCACCUUCCCAGCUGUCUCUGCUCUGGUAUCACACAACGCGUCAGCUGACCAGCAAGGUGUGGUUCAGGGGAUGAUCACAGGGAUCAGGGGUCUCUGUAAUGGUUUGGGUCCGGCUCUCUACGGAUUCAUCUUCUUCCUGUUCAACGUGGAGCUGAGCGACGUGCAGCCGGUGGCAGGAAGAGGAGAGCAGCCCACACAGAGGUCCGUUAUUCUGGGUCCUCCCUUCCUGUUUGGAGCGUGUGCCGUCAUCCUCGCUCUGAUCGUCGCCGUCUUCAUCCCGGAGAACCACCGCCUCGUUGACGCCAAGAACCAAACCGCCAACAACCCCGCCCACGGCUCUGCUGCACACGCUCAGAACGGCAGCACGCUGACCACGCCCACCAGCGACGCGGAGGACAUCGAGCCGCUCCUGCAGGACAGCAGCAUGUGACCAACUGUUAGCCAAUCAGUGGCUCUGAUUUAAGAACAGGUUCCUGUACAUGACCAAUAAUAUUCCUGAGUUUAUAUCCCAGCGUAGCUUCACUUUUCCUCCUGCUCUGAUUGGCCGAGGCAGGAAGUACCGAAGGGCUUUGGGGGAAAUGGACCUCAUCAGGACAACAGCGCCCCCGUCUGGACACAUUAACAGCAGAUAAACGGACUCCUCUCUGCUGGAGCUUCAGUGUUUAUUUAACCUGCCUCACCCUGAACCUCCACCUGCUGACUCCACCCACCAGCUCUGCUCCUGGUUACCAUGACGACUUCCUUCUGUAGAAUGAAUCAGUCAUCGGGUCAGAACAGAAGAUGUUUCAGAAGUUAUUGAAACAGGUUCUGAAGCGUCGCCGGAUGGAUCCUGGUAUAAUUAUUCCAUCUUUCUGCAUCUUCAACCACAUCCUCCUCCUCCUCCUCCUCCUCAUCAUCAUCAUCAGGUCUAAAUCCCUCCAGAGUGGGUCACUUCUCUGCCAGUACCGCUUGUUUACAGGCAGAUGGCGCCCUCUGUCUCUGUAGUUGGACUCGACCUGAACCAAACGGUGCCAUUUGUCUGUUUUUCUCCUGCUUACCACGCUUAUGGAAACAUCCCACAGGAACCACCUGGUUUCCAUGGUUACGGCCAGGGGAAGAUGUAUCGUGGCAACGUCUUUACAAGCAGUAGAUGUUUGCGCUCAUUAAAGAUUAAAUAUUUGACGAAUUAAAGAUCCUCAUGUUCUGUUGGGACCAGUCUGGACUCUAACAGGUCACUUUCAUGUUACUGAACAUCAGACCUUUUAGCUGAUGAUGUUGGGUCUGAGUCACAGGAACAGAAUCACCUGGGAGUCCAGUACCGGGACAGAUGAUGGUGGAGCAUCAGCCAGAUGGAUCUGAGUCAUUCGGGCAAGAGAAGCUUGCUUCGGUUUCCUCAGGUUCUGGAUGGUUCUGUUUAACCUUGGGCUUAGUAUUUAACCUCUAACCCAUCCGAUUUUGUCUUUAACAUGAUUUCAUCUCUCAGAUGGAUCCCGAACCUUCAGUUUGGUUUAUGAGGUCCAUCUAAUGUCCCGAGCAGAUGUUGCUGAGUGUCGGGUCAGGAAGGUCCGUCUGGUCCGUCUCCACGUUGCUGCUGCUGGAGGUUUUUGCUGUCAGUUGAACUUUGAAGCAAAUGUAGAUCAUGUUCUGGAUUCAGUUCAGAUUUGAUUUAAUUGGGUUUGUUUCAUUAUUACUGCUCUGGAUUUUAAUUACCCAGAAUCCUCGGCUGCUCAGAUUUGACGGUACCAUCCGACCUAUGAUGGAAAACUUGUGAUCCAGUGGAGGAGAUGUUUGAAUGUUCAACAAGCAGCAGGUUGUCUCCUUUUAGAGGCUGAAAUCUGAUUUUAUUUGGCCUGAAAGCUCAGAAUCUGUAGCAGCUCCAGCGUGGUCACCAGACCGGUGGACCUGAUGGUACUGAAGAAGCUUUACUGUAGCUGCUGAUCCUGGAGUGAAAUAUGCAGAUGUUCUCCACAUGUUCCUCCACCUCCCUCAUAAUGCAGAACGUUUGCUGCACUUUCAUUUCUCUGAACGCGUGCCUCUAACCGUCCUUCAAGUUCUGAUCUGUUUUUAUAGAAACUCAUUUUUAUCCUAAGAUCAUAGUUUUGAAUCAUAUCUAUGAUGGUGUUAAUAAAGACAGAUGUUUGAA